GUGAUCCCUUCCUCCAAGCGUUACAGUAUUAAAGAUGGUAGUGCUGGUAUUAAAGAUGGUAUUGCUGGUAUCAAAGAUGGUAUUGCUGGUAUCAAAGAUGGUAUUGCUGGUAUUAAAGAUGGUAGUGCUGGUAUUAAAGAUGGUAGUGCUGGUAUUAAAGUUGGUAUUGCUGGUAUUAAAGAUGGUAUUGCUGGUAUUAAAGUUGGUAUUGCUGGUAUUAAAGAUGGUAUUGCUGGUAUUAAAGAUGGUAUUGCUGGUAUUAAAGAUGGUGUUGCUGGUAUUAAAGAUGGUAUUGCUGGUAUCAAAGAUGGUAUUGCUGGUAUCAAAGAUGGUAUGCUGGUAUUAAAGAUGGCAGUGCUGGUAUUAAAGAUGGUAGUGCUGGUAUUAAAGCAAGUUGCUGGUAUUAAAGAUGGUAUUGCUGGUAUUAAAGUUGGUAUUGCUGGUAUUAAAGAUGGUAUUGCUGGUAUUAAAGAUGGUAUUGCUGGUAUUAAAGAUGGUGUUGCUGGUAUUAAAGAUGGUAUUGCUGGUAUUAAAGAUGGUAUUGCUGGUAUUAAAGAUGGUAGUGCUGGUAUUAAAGAUGGUAUUGCUGGUAUCAAAGAUGGUAGUGCUGGUAUUAAAGAUGGUAUUGCUGGUAUUAAAGAUGGUAGUGCUGGUAUUAAAGUUGGUAUUGCUGGUAUUAAAGAUGGUAUUGCUGGUAUUAAAGAUGGUAUUGCUGGUAUUAAAGUUGGUAUUGCUGAUGGUAGUGCUGGUAUUAAAGUUGGUAUUGCUGGUAUUAAAGAUGGUAUUGCUGGUAUUAAAGAUGGUAGUGCUGGUAUUAAAGAUGGUAUUGCUGGUAUUAAAGAUGGUAGUGCUGGUAUUAAAGAUGGUAUUGCUGGUAUUAAGGAUGGUAGUGCUGAUGGUGCUGGUAUUAAAGAUGGUAGUGCUGGUAUUAAAGAUGGUAUUGCUGGUAUUAAAGAUGGUAGUGCUGGUAUUAAAGUUGGUAUUGCUGGUAUUAAAGAUGGUAUUGCUGGUAUUAAAGAUGGUAGUGCUGAUGGUAGUGCUGGUAUUAAAGAUGGUAUUGCUGGUAUUAAAGUUGGUAUUGCUGGUAUUAAAGAUGGUAUUGCUGGUAUUAAAGAUGGUAUUGCUGGUAUUAAAGAUGGUAGUGCUGGUAUUAAAGUUGGUAUUGCUGGUAUUAAAGAUGGUAGUGCUGGUAUUAAAGAUGGUAGUGCUGGUAUUAAAGAUGGUAGUGCUGGUAUUAAAGAUGGUAGUGCUGGUAUUAAAGAUGGUAGUGCUGGUAUUAAAGAUGGUAGUGCUGGUAUUAAAGAUGGUAGUGCUGAUGGUAUUGCUGGUAUUAAAGAUGGUAGUGCUGGUAUUAAAGAUGGUAGUGCUGGUAUUAAAGAUGGUAGUGCUGGUAUUAAAGAUGGUAUUGCUGGUAUUAAAGAUGGUAGUGCUGGUAUUAAAGAUGGUAGUGCUGGUAUUAAAGAUGGUAUUGCUGGUAUUAAAGAUGGUAGUGCUGGUAUUAAAGAUGGUAGUGCUGAUGGUAGUGCUGGUAUUAAAGAUGGUAGUGCUGGUAUUAAAGAUGGUAUUGCUGGUAUUAAAGAUGGUAGUGCUGGUAUUAAAGAUGGUAGUGCUGGUAUUAAAGAUGGUAGUGCUGGUAUUAAAGAUGGUGGUGCUGGUAUUAAAGAUGGUGCUGGUAUUAAGGAUGGUAGUGCUGGCGGCGGUGCUACAUCGUCUGGCUGGGCUGUCCGUAAUGGUCUCAACUGGCUGGUCCGUAAUGGUCUCAACUGGGCUGGUCCGUAA